UUAAUCCCGUGAGGCCGGGACCCCGCAAGCAAACCAAGCUAGCUUCUCCCUCGAAGGUCCUGCGAAUCUUUCCAUGUCGCAAACGCAUUUCUCCAACUCCUCAACCCGGAUGGUCUCCAUGGCGCUCGGUUGCUCGUAUCAGUAGCGACCUUCGCGUCGUUGGUCGGCCUCUGUACGUUGAGCAUCGCGUCGGUCGCUCGUAUCAGUUGCCAUUCUUCUCUUCCACCCUCGGCUCCGGCGGGAAAGCUGCCGGCGGCGAGGUGCGGCGGCGACCCCGGCGCUUCCUGCAUCUGUCUCCCCUCUUUGCCACCACGCCGGCAUUCCGUGAUCGUGUCUUGCACAGCUGUACGGUUGUGCCGCAGCUUCGGCGCCUGCCACCUGUUCGACGGAAUGCCUCGGCCGCAAGAAGGCAACAAGAGGGCCGCUCUGGCCCGCGGCGAGGGCAUCAUCGGCGCCCUACCGGACGAUCUCCUGCAGCACGUGCUCUCCUUCCUCCCGGCGCAGCAGGCCGUGCGGACCUGCGUGCUCGCCCGGCGCUGGCGCGGCCUCUGGAAAUCCGCCACAGGCCUGCGCAUCACCGGUGUCCAUGAGUCGGAGGUGACGCCCGUCCAGGAGCUCCGCCUUCUGCUCCUUCGCUGUCGAGCGCCGAUCGACACGUGCGAGCUCAGGUUCGCCGUGGUCUCCGACGACGACGUGCCCCGUGUGAGCCUCUGGAUCCGGCACAUUAUGCUCUGCCAAGUUCGGCUGCUCCGGCUCGAUAUCUCUCGGGACGGCUAUGGUGUUUACUUUUACGUAGACAACCUGCCUCUUGCCUCUCAGCAUCUGACGAGGCUAGAGCUCAUUGACACAGGGUUAAACGACAGCUUCCUCGAUUUUGCCGGCUGUCCGGUGCUGGAAGAUCUAGUAAUCAUCAAUGGCUGUUUCGUCCAUGUCAGGAGGAUCUCUUCAAAGUCUCUAAAACGCCUGGCCAUUGCUGAUAGCAGUUUCAAUCAGCAUGCCCGUACUCGUAUUUACGCUCCAAGUUUCGUUUCUCUACGACUCGAGGACAACUGGGACAGGACUCCUGUGCUUGACAGCAUGCCGUCGUUGAAGGCUGCAUUCGUCAGAUUUAUCAAAGAAUCUGUGGACAGGUGUUUUUAUUCCGACUCUUGGGAUUGCCACAACGAGGACUGUCAAGGUUGUUACGAUCUACAGGCUGUUAACUCUCAUGACUCGGUGCUUCUCAAAGGUUUAUCAGAGGCUGAGAAUUUGACAUUGAUAGAUGAACAUGACACGUUUAUUUUCAGAAGGGAUUUGAUAUGGUGCCCUACAUUUAGUAAGUUAAAGACCUUGUUACUCAAUGAAUACUGGUGCGUGCCUGACGACUUCCGCGCACUAGCUUUUAUUCUUGAACACUCACCAUUUCUGGAGAUUCUCACUCUUCAGUUCUUUUCCAAGGGACCUAAUCAUAAAGUGGAAAUAAAAGGAGGUUACAAUGCAGUGGAGACCUCAGCUGCAAUAUCAAAACAUCUUAAGGCAGUCGAAGUCAAAUGUAACUCGGUUGAUGCGGAGGUUCUCAAAAUUUUGAAGUUCCUUGGUACACUUAACAUAUGUAAGCUAACUAUCAACAGCACCCCACGCUUUCUACAUUUCUGCAGUUUGCCUUCAUUUUGAAGUUCCUAGUUUAGUAGAAAGAGUGAAUGUUAUACCAGUAAUGAGAAGCCUGCUCUGCAUUUGGUGGGUGGAAAAUAACUCAAUGUGCUGUUUGGAAGUGUUAACUACAAUGGUGUUUAGAUUGAAAUGCACUGCACAAAUGGUAGCACGGCAUGUUGAUUUUGUUGAACAGUUCUGACAUUUUGUGGCUCCUAUUCCAGUUGCAAUUCAGUUUGUUUACUUAUUGGCUUACAAUGUCAACAUUAUGGUCUAUAAUUAUUUGCUAGGGCCAUCUGAUUCUUCAUAAUUAGACAGAUUGUCUGAAAAUCUUGACAUGAGUAUUUGUUAUUAAACCACUGGAUGCCAUUGCUAGAGAGCUAAUCCUAACAGUUAAAUCAAGAUCUCAACUCUAACCAGAUGUUGAAACGUGCAAACUUUUGAGUAAUUAGAUUAUUCUGCAGUUUGAUAUGUGAAAAUAUGAAAAAUUAUGGACUGAAUCUUGUGGCCCAUUGAUUCCUUGUCAAGGAGCUGAAAUUCCUUGUUUCCCAAGUGACACCCCCGCAAGCUUCUCAUCCUUCCAUACAUGUAAAGGUUUCUAGGGAGAGAAGACCUUGGCUGAAGACAUAUGGCCUAUUUCAUCUUAAUUACUGUAUUAAGGAACGAAUGCAGUUUGCAGCAGUGACGAGGAUGCGACCUUUUGUUGGACAUUCAUGUUGGUUCGACUCGGUGAAGCAGCUUAGAAAAAGUAGUGACAUGUACUAUUUUUUUAAUCGCCCUCCCUUGACUGAUUUAUCUCGCUGAAGAUGUAUUUUGACUUCUGUUGUUGUA